AUGGCGGCCGAACAAGCUGUCGCCUUCCUCACCGUCCCCCGUCUCGUCGCCCGUCAGAACACGGGCGGCGGCGACGGCGGUUCCUCCUCCGGAACCGGCUCUACCUCGCAGGGCGGCGGAGGUGACAGCACUAGCCAAGGUGGUGGUGGUGGUACGACUAGUGGUGGGGGUGAUGAUGGCUCUACGACGGGAGGUGGCGGAGGUGACAGCUCAUCCACUGGAGGUGAGAACCCUACUACUCCGUCCCCAGAACCUUCACCCACCACUACCUCUACUCCCAAUGAACCCCCUCCUACCACAUCCUCGCCGACUCCAGCGCCUACUACCUCCUCUCCCACUCCUACUACUACUUCUGAACCCGAGCCAACCACUUCCACAGAGACCAGCCAGCAACCCGAGCCCACUACUUCCCAGCCUCCGCCCACCACCUCUAAUGAGCCCGUGCCCACUACGGAACCCGAACCCACCACUUCUUCCCCACCCGAUCCACCAUCGUCCACUCCCGACACUACAACGCAACCGCAACCUACCACUGAACCGGAACCGGAACCGUCUACUACGCGAACCCAAAAUCCAGAGCCAACGACGCAGCAGCCGCCGCCGACAACGAGCAGGCAGCCAGAGCCGACGACUCAGCCUCAACCGACCUCUGAGGCUCCUCCCACCACCUCAAACCCGGCUCCGACAACGAACCCCAACCCGUCCCCGACUCCUACGCAGAACCCUCAGCCGGAAACGUCGACGACGUUUGUGCCGCCCCCGGUCGUAGAGACGACUUCGACCCAGGGAGGUGAUCAGCAGCCGUCUUCGCAGGGCGGUGGUAACCAGCAGCCUUCGCAGCCGCCUGUGCAAGAGACUUCGACUGUUACCGGCGGCGGUGUCGACGAUGUCACGAUCACCCAGACGCAGGGACAGCAGACGAACAACGGCGGCAACCAGAGCCCGACGCCGACCGAGCAGCCGCAACAGCAGCAGACUGGCGGCGGCCAGCAACAGCAGGACUCUACGACGACCACUGUCGUGCCUGUUCCCGGCGGUGGAUCCGCGUCGUACACGACCCUCAGCGUGACUGACAACGGUAUCUCGCUUAGCUUCCCGACGACUGGCGCUGUUGAGACGACGCCCUCGUCUGCCAUCGGCAUGCUUGUUACGUCUGACGGCAAGGUCUUCAUGACGACUGCGUCGUCCUGGGCGUCGACGAGCACGUACACCUCGGGCAACAAGGUGUACACUGUCACUGUUAAUGUCCACAACCCGACCGGCUCGCUGAAUAAGGGCGGCUCGUCCGGUUCGUCGUCCAACUUUUUCAACAACAAGGGCGCUGUUGCCGGUGUCUUCGUUGUUGUGGGUCUGGCCGUUGUGGCGAUCAUCGCCGCUCUUGCGACGAUCUUCUUCCGCCGAAGGCGCCGCCAGCGUCUCGACCGCGAGGUCACUGCUGCGGCUGUCGCGGCCUCUGCCGCUGCCGCGCGUCACCCUCUGGACGAGGAGGGCGACAUGUCGCACCCGCCAUCCGACUCGUACCCGUCGACCAUGUCGCCGAGCACGAUGUCGCACCCGACGAUGGCGCAGUACAACCAGUACGGCACCACGUUUGGCAAUGCCGGCGGCUACGACCCGUUCACGACCGCUGCCGCCGCUGGUGCCGGUGGCGCUGCUGCCGGAGCGGCUGGCGCGGGUGCGUACGGCGCGUACCACGAUGCUCAGCCGUACUCCGACAACGCGCCGUACCAGGACGCUCAGCCGUACCAGGAUGCGCAGCCGUACAGCGACGCUCAGCCGUACAGCGACCGGGGCUACUCUGAGCAGCUGGGCUACAACGACUUUGCAGGAGCGCAGAGCCCAGACUUUUCGCAGCCGGCCGGCGAGCACCCGUACUCCGACGACCAUGCCGGCGGGUACGAGGGUCUGCACCAGGGCGGCGAGGGCUACUACUACGACCCGGGGUACGAUGUGGCAGCCGCGUCGCAGGGCGAUGUGUUUGAGACGCCGCCGAGCGACCACAUGCCGCCCCCCGUGCACAGCAACAACCCCUUCCAGGACUACAGCGGCGGGGAGGGCUCGAUCGACACGCCAAUGGAGCGCCCCGACCCGCUCCACGUCGCAAACCCCUCGAGCCCGCACGGCGACAACCGGUUGUAA